AUGGCUGAUUUUGCUGUGAAUCUCAUAAGCCGUCUGGUUUACAUGCUGGUCGAAAAGACUUUCCAAGAGGCAUCAUUGGUAAGCAGUUUCAGAGACGACUUUGAUUUCAUGUUUAGGGAGCUUAACAGCAUCAAAUGCCUACUGAUUGAUGCUCAUGGAGCGACACAUUCCAGCCGUAAGAUUCGAUUGUGGAAAGUGGGCCGUAAGAUUCGGGUGUGGAGAGCAAGCCGUAAGAUUCGAUUGUGGAAAGUGGGCCGUAAGAUUCGCUUGUGGAGAGUAAGCCGUAAGAUUCGGGUGUGGAGAGCAAGCCGUAAGAUUCGAGUUUUGAAAGACCGAAUUCGAAGAAUUCACGAAAGCUCUAAGUAUCUCCAAUAUCUUAGAGAUAUGGAUGUGCAGCCAUCUUCUAUGCUGCUGACCACGGAUGACCCUCGAAUCAUUGCUGUCACAGGGUUGGGAGGUCUGGGCAAGUUUGCUGCUGAAACUCGUGUUCGAUACCCAAAGAUCAAAGAAACUUUUGACCAUCGGAUUUGGGUGGAAGUAUCCCAAAGCUUCUCAGUUCAGCAGCUGCUCCAGCAUAUAGCCUCGGAGGUAAAACUUCCGGAAAACAAAAGGCAAACUAAUCUAAGCGUUAAUAUGCUCAGGGAUAACAUCCGGAGCUACCUUCAAGGAAGUCGGUGUUUGCUUGUUCUGGAUGAUGUGUGGGACAGAAGGGCAAAAGAAUUGAUUAUUUCUCAGGAUUUCAAGGUUAUGAUUUCAACGCGUGACAAAAAAGUUGCACAACAAAUGGGAGCUCAGCGAGCCCAUGACAUGAAUCAUUUGUCUGAGGCUGAUAGUAGGAAGCUGUUCUUCAUGCAUGCAUUCCGUAAAGACGAAAUUGAGAGUCUUUCAGAGGACCUGAAGAAAAUAGCCGAAGACAUUGCAGACAAGUGCUCGGGAUUGCCGUUAACUUUGAAGACAGUAGCAAGAUCCAUGGUGAACGUCAGACGGAAUCCUAACAAGUGGGAACCCACGCUGAAUCGGCUAAAGCAAUUCGACACAAUCACGGACGACGUUCUGCCGACUCUCAGGUUAAGUUUCGAUGCUCUGCCUGAUUAUCUAAAGCCUUGUUUCCUUUUUUGUUCUGCAUACCCGGAAGAUACUAGAAUGGGUUGUGAGUACCUAGUACAAGUAUGGAUUGCAGAAGGAUUUGUUAAUCCUGAUGAAACAUAA